AUGCCGCGUAUUCUCGCGGGAUUGACAUUUCUCGGGGCUGUGGCGAAUGCCACUGUCCCAACUGUGGAGGUGGCUGCAGGAGUUUACAUGCCCAUGAUCGCCUUCGGAAGCUAUCGUGGGUCCCUCACGAACUGCAGCGUGCAAGAGGGCAUUCAACAGUGGCUCCAACUUGGGGGGCGCCAUAUCGACACUGCCCACGAUUACGGCACAGAGCCAGAUGUGGGAGCGGCGAUCAAGGCUUCCGGUGUUGAGCGAAAGGAGAUUUUCCUUACGACCAAAAUUCCCGGUCCAAUUGGACGUGGAGCUGUCAAGGAUAUGGUGAUGAACCAAACCUUGCAGAAGUUGGGCGUCGAUUACAUCGAUUUGGUGCUGAUCCAUUUUCCGUGUGUAAACAUGUCUGACUUCCCGAACAAGUGCGGGGAGCAGCACCAGCAGGAACGUUUGGACACCUGGCGUGGCCUCAGCGAACUUCGUGCGAUGGGAAAGGUGCGUGCGAUCGGCGUGAGCAACUACAAUGCGGAACAAGUUGCCGAAGUUGUUGCUGAGUUCAAGGAGGCACCUGCAGUCAAUCAGGUUCAGUGGCAUCUCGCCUACCACAAUGAGACGCUUCGCCUGGCCAUGCGCAAACUUGGCACAACCAUAGAGGCUUGGGCAUCCCUGGCAGGGCCAACUUCAGCGGGCGUGCCUGCCAUUUCCUUGGGCGAUGCUCGGCUAAAGGCGCUGGCGCAGCGCUACAACCGGAGCAGCGCCCAGGUCGAGCUGCGUUGGGAAACGCAGAACGGCAUUGUGCCGGUCACAGCUUCUUGCUCAAAGGAUCAUGCGGUUGGUGAUUUGGAAUCGUUCAACUUUGCAUUGUCAGAUGAGGAUAUCAAGUAUCUGGAUGCGCUGGCGCCGGCAAGCGAGGAGUUCAUCGUUUAA